AUGAAGCAUGAAGGUAGGCAAAUGCCAAUUGAGGGCUUCGUUCAUUUUCCGAUCAGUUACAAAGCUUCAUUGUUACAAAUCUGGCAAAAACAUCAGCUUGGGGAUGACAAGGACAAACAAACAGUGUGUACAUCAAAAAAUGGAAGGGUCUCUUCUGCUGGGAUUUCCACCUACAGCUGGAAACCUCCUCAACCAGGUAGGGUGAAGAUUAAUGUUGAUGCUUCAUUUUACAAGGAAACCAAUAUAGCAGGCCUUGGAAUUAUAGCGAGGGAUGAAAAAGGAAAUGUGAUUCUAGCUGCGACAAAAGUUCAGUUUGACUGUUUUGAUGCUGAGGAGGCUGAAUUACUUGCCUGCAGGGAGGCUCAUCUUCUAGCUAUACAGUGGAUACCUGAUCCAGUCACUGUUGAAACUGACUGUUAUGUCAUUUUUCAGGCCUUGAACUCACUAAGUGAAAAUAGGUCCCGUCUAGCCCAAGUAAAGGAAACACGAGCGCUCACGGAUGAGCUUCAGGAAGCUGAGUUUGUUCUAACAAAGAGAGAACAGAAUAGGGUUGCUGAUCUUUUAACAAAACAUACUUGUAAAGACUUGUCUUCAGCAUUAUGGCUGCGACAUGUACCUGAUUUUGCUGUAACUUUAGUGGCAAACGAUGUAACCCUUCCUGAUUAA